CAGGCUUCACAUCCGGGUCAUCCGCCAGUAUCUGUCUCUUGCAUUUGUGAGAGCCUGACAGUGUGAAAAUUUCUCGCUUCGCAGCCGAGCUGUACCGCAGCCCAUCGGCCGACUCCGCGGCUCGCCGAGCGGACACUGCGCCUGGCGUGCACCGCUGAUGAUGGAGCCACGGGCGAUGUGAGGCUGCACGCACAAAGGCAGGGAAAUGACACGGUAGGAGGACUGUUGUAUGGGCCAGCCCGCGGAGAUAAACUCGCCCUAACGAUGUCUAAAAGCCUCAAAAAGAAAAACCACUGGACCAACAAAGUCCACGAAGCUGUGAUAAGCCGGGGGAAGGAAGGGGAGCUGGGCUUCGAGCUAAAGGGAGGCGCGGAAAACGGCCAGUUCCCCUUCUUCGGCGAGGUGAAGCAGGGGAAGGGGUUCAUCCAGAGCGGCAAACUGGCCCAGGAUGAGCUGCUGCUGGAGGUCAACGACAUGCCAGUGGCCGGGCUGACCACCCGGGACGUGCUGGCCGUGAUCAAGCACUGCAAAGACCCGGUUCGUUUCAAAUGUGUCAAGCAAGGGGGGGUGGUUGACAAGGAUUUGCGGCACUACCUCAACCUGCGCUUCUCCAAGGGCUCUGUGGACCACGACCACCAGCAGAUCAUCCGAGACAACCUGUACCUUCGCACCGUCCCCUGUACAACACGGCAGCCUAAAGAAGGGGAAGUGCCGGGGGUGGACUACAACUUUGUGAGCGUCGAGCGGUUUAUGGAACUGGAGCAAAGUGGGGCCCUGCUAGAGAGUGGAACGUAUGAAGAUAACUUCUACGGGACGCCCAAACCUCCAGCAGAGCCUUCCCCCGCGGCCCCUCCCCUGAAUGUGAGUGAGGCCCUGUUACCCGGAGCCCGGCCCAGUGCCCAGGGCAAGAGGAAGAGGAACCAGUCCGUCAGCAACAUGGAGCAGCGCGCCAGCCUAGAGCCGCCCGAGGAGGAAGAGGAGGAGAGUCCGGUCGUCAAUGGCAACGGGGUGGCCAUCACUCCAGAGUCCAGUGAGCAUGAGGACAAGAGCACAGACGCCUCUGGGGAGGUGCCAGUGGAGGGGUCCAGCCAGCUCCCAGCCUGCUCCGAGCCUGCUGCAGAGGGAGAGGAGGAGCCCAAGUCGCCCUCCAAGUCCCCCGCCAAAGUGCCCGAUGCCAAUGAGGAGGAGCUGGGGCCACUGCCGGACAACUGGGAGAUGGCCUACACGGAGAAGGGAGAGGUCUACUUCAUAGAUCACAACACCAAAACAACGUCGUGGCUAGACCCUCGGCUGGCUAAGAAGGCGAAGCCCCCCGAAGAGUGCAGGGAGGACGAGCUGCCCUAUGGCUGGGAGAAGAUAGACGACCCCAUCUACGGCAGCUACUAUGUUGAUCAUAUUAACCGGAGGACACAAUUUGAGAACCCAGUGCUGGAGGCAAAGAGGCGCUUGGAGCAGCAGAGACAGAUCCAGAGCCAGGGUCUCUCUGCUCUGCCCCUCCCCACUAUUUACAGAGAAAAGCCUCUGUUCACGCGGGACCCGACCCAGCUCAAAGGCACAUUCCUGUCCACAGCCCUACAGAAGAGUAACAUGGGCUUUGGCUUCACCAUCAUCGGAGGAGAUGAGCCCGAUGAGUUCCUCCAGGUUAAGAGUGUGAUCCCAGAGGGACCAGCCGCACAGGACGGCAAAAUGGACACAGGUGACGUGAUUGUGUACAUAAACGACAUCUGUGUCCUGGGCACCACUCACGCAGAUGUGGUCAAACUGUUCCAGUCUGUGCCCAUUGGUCAAAGUGUCACCCUGGUGCUCUGUCGGGGCUACCCUCUGCCAUUUGACCCCGAAGACCCCAAUGCUGCAGCGGGCACCUCUCUGACCCCCAUCGGCCUGGAGCAUCGCCCCCUGGUGGUGAACGGCCGCAGCAGUUAUGACCCAUACCUGGAAUACUUGUCUCUUAGCUCCCAGCUUCCCUCUCAGAGCCUGGCAGGGACACCUCACCCAGGGGACACUCACCUGGAUGGCUCCUCCCUGCCUCCCACCACCCCCGGGUCAGCCGUCACCCCCCACGAGGACACUGCCUCUAUGGGCUCAGGAGGCACUACUGCGGGGGCUGGGGUGACAGUGCAGCCAGCCGAGCUACUAACAGUGACUAUGGUGAAGGGGGCGGAGGGCUUUGGCUUCACUAUCGCGGACAGUCCCACGGGCCAGCGAGUCAAGCAGGUGACUGUGGCGCAGGUGUUGGAACCAGGCACGCCACAGGGAGCAUCAAACCUGAUCGAAGGGGACCUGAUCCUGGAGGUGAACCAGCAGCCUGUGGCCGCAGCUGGACACAACCGCGUGGUGGAGCUGCUCAAGGAGUGUCCCGUGGGCGCAGAAGCCACCCUGCUCAUCCAAAGGGGGGGGGCAGGCCACAUCUCUCCGUGGAAGGCGUCCAAACAGUUACCAGACCAGUGGGACCAGCAUGGAAGCCCCCAGACCAACCUCUCUGGUCCAGUACUACCCCCGGGCACACCUUUCCCUAACCAACCCCAACACCGGACCUCUGUGCCGGACUCUACAGAGGGCUUCGACCUCAACAAACCAGAUCCCUAUGACCUGUACGAGAAGUCCCGGGCCCUUUACGAGAGCAGACGUCCUGAGUAUGAGGAAGUGGAAGUGCACCUGCUGAGGGAAAAGACGGGAUUUGGAUUCCGGAUCCUGGGGGGAGACGAGGCGGUGCAGGCUGUGAGUCCGGACGCCCGUGACAAGAUUGUUAUUGGAGCCAUAAUAGAGAACACUCCGGCUGAACGUGAUGGACGACUGCGGCCUGGCGACGAGCUAAUUUCGGUGGAUAAGAAUGUGGUUGCUGGGAAACCACACAAAUAUGUAAUAGACCUGAUGCAUGCAGCUGCUCGCAAUGGCCAAGUCAGCCUGACAGUCAGGAGAAGGGUGCACAUGCCCGGUGAGCCCUGUCCAGUGAAUGGCCGUAGUCCUGGCUCUGUCUCAACUCAGCACAGCUCUCCUCGCAGUGAUGCCCACGCAGCUGCUCAUGGUGUGGGCAUCCCCACAGUCACUCCUGCUCCCGAAGGAGCGGCCCUGCAGACCAGUGAUGUUGUCAUCCACCGUAAAGAGAACGAAGGCUUUGGCUUUGUCAUUAUCAGCUCCCUCAACAGACCUGAGAACACUGCAGUCAUCACCGUGCCUCACAAAAUCGGCCGCAUCAUUGAGGGCAGCCCUGCGGACCGCUGUGGGAAGCUGAAGGUGGGAGACCGGAUCCUGGCUGUGAAUGGACAGUCCAUAAUCAGCAUGCCCCAUGCAGACAUUGUCAAACUCAUCAAGGAUGCAGGCCUCACUGUUACCCUACACAUCAUUCCCGAGGAGGGUAAGAGCACCGGUUCGCAGUCUGGCCCCAGUUCAGAGAAGCAGAGCCCUAUGACCCAGAAACACAGCCCACAGACCCAGCCUACUAGUGUAGCCCAAAUGAGCCAAGCCUCGCUGCAGCCUGGUCAGCCGCUGCCCGUACCAGGACAGAUGCCCCCUCAGCCGGGACAGGUGGUUCAGAGCGUCCCUGUGUCUAUCCCCACUGCCUCGGGGAGCCAACCUGUGCCAGCCGGGACCCAGCAGAGCCCAGUCACACAGCCCUCUGCCCAGCUCUACCUCCACGACGGCAGGUCAGAGGUUAAGGCCAGGCAGGAUGUGAAACCUGACUUCCGCCAUGCGCCCUUCACUGAUUACAGGCAGCCCCCAGUGGACUACCGCCACCCCCCGGUCACCGAUUACCGCCAGCCCCCCACCCUGGACUACAGGCACCCCCCAGGCCUGCUGGACUUCAGAGGGCACCCCGCAGCGGCACAGUUCCCCCUGGGGAUCCCCGCCGACUUCAGACAGGACUAUGAUUACUUCACAGUGGAGCUGGAGAAAAGCUCCAAAGGCUUUGGCUUCAGUAUUCGAGGGGGCAGAGAAUACAAGAUGGACCUGUUUGUGUUACGCCUGGCAGAAGACGGCCCUGCUAUACGCAAUGGCAGGAUGAGGGUUGGAGAUCAGAUCAUUGAGAUAAAUGGAGACAGUACACGGGACAUGACCCAUGCCCGAGCCAUCGAACUGAUCAAGGCGGGGGGCCGAAGGGUGCGGCUGCUGCUGAAGAGGGGCACAGGCCAGGUGCCAGAUUAUGACUGUGGCGGCCCCUGGACUCCCCUUUCUACAGCCCACUCUGCCCUGCAGGAAGUGACCCUGGAUCUGCACCCCACCCCCUUGCUCUCAUCCCAUACAGCCCCAGAAUCCCCUUCUCAGCUCCCUCUAGAGGCCACAGUGUACAUGGCAGACAAAGCUCCACAGCCUACAGAGCACAGCUCCAGCAGGGGGCCCUCAGGUGGCAGGUCCACCCAGCAGAAGAGUGUGAUCAGGGGCCAGUGUGGAGAGGCAGAGGGGCCUCGACUGCUGCCUGCUAAAGCCAUCCUGGGCUCCAGUGACAGAAGGCAAAGGGACACUUGUUCCCCCUGCUGUGAGAGGAAGGCUCUGCCUGCUCAGUCCGGGAGCACCGUUUGGCCCUGGGACUCCUACGUGAGUGUAAAUGGUGUAUCUGUGGGCAGUGCAGAUGGGAGCCUCCAGGAGAGGCUACUGUCCAGAGCCUGUCCCAGAGAAGAGGAGCGUUCUGGGGCAUACAGUGGGUCAUGCUGUCCCCCCAAAGCUGUGGAAGAGCCUCCUGCUCGGAGCACUGCUGCCUCCCCUAGGCCCUGGGGUGUCCCUGACAAACUGCCUGGGACACUGCGCUCCUGGACGUCCACUGUCAGCAGGUAGAAAGGAUCCAACUGGCUUGGACUGGACACUGUGUGCUCCCUGCUCACUAUGGGAUGUUUCAGAGAAGCUUCUCCUCUCUCCUGUUUCUCUCCAUCUUCCCCUCAUCGCAGUCUUUUUACAAGAGGAUUAUUACACCCACAACCUUAAGCAGAACUUUCACAGCUAUUGUAACCUAGAGUAUACAACCAAAUGCAGACUAUAGAAGCAGAGUUUAUGUUCAGCAGAGCAUUUGAAAUGGACACAUGUACACUUGUACCUUUAAUGGGGCAUCCUCACGAGGAUCACAUUUAUCAAACUCAAGAGACAGAUUUGUCUGAAGGCAUUUCCUCUGUGCGGCAAAGACACUGAACAAGUCAUUUGAGAAAGAACCAGCGAUACAUCCAGAAAUGUGACCAAUGUGAGUCAUAGGCGUAUGCUAGCAGUGUCAUGCCUACCAAUAAAACAUAUACUGUAAAUGUAAAGUUGUGAAAAUAUGUACAUUUGAUAAUAUGGAGGCGUUGUUGUAGAUAAAAAGAGGAGCAAACUUACCGGGACAGUAUUUUAGGUCUAUUACUGUCAUGGCCUGGUCUAUAACUACAUAUCAAAACUGUGCGAGUCACCAAACCCAGUGCAUGAGUAUACAGCACUAUGUUAGACAAGGGCCCACGUCUUUAGCCCUAGCCUUUAGACAGGACGCCUCUGUGGAGUAUUUUCAUGUUCCACUCACUUUAGUUCUGUCAAUGGGACUGUCAGAGCGCUUAGUAACAGCCAUGAUGUCCUCUGAGUUACAUUUCACCUCGCAGUCAUCGUGCAGAACUGUGCUGUAUUCAUUUUUGCUCGACAAACUUUGGUCUGCUCUGUGUUCCCAUUUCUGCAUAUGCGCCUUUUACUGUGCUAAGUGUACCAGACCACUGUGGGAGAGGGGCGUGGGAGUGGGGACAAAAACGAGGACCGCGCUGGCUGGGGUGGGCCGGAGUGCCUUACUCAAACUAAUGCAGUUCAGUUUUGGUUUGUUUUUGGUAAUGAAGGCAAGUUCAAGUGACAGUACGCUAGGGCUGUGCAAAAAGUCAAAUUUUAAUCAAGAUUGAGAUUUAUAAUUUUCAACAGUGUACUUUGGUGUUUUUAAUGGAGAAGUUUACAACAGAGCAAAAAUAAAUAUUAAAUUGCAAUGAUUAAA